AGAUUUUUGAUUUUAUAUCCUAUAUAAUACUGUGGAAUAUCCUAUGUUUUUCUCAUUACCUGGGAGGUAUGUAGGUAGAUGCUUCAUUUCUCUGGAUCUCGUUUAAGUGCCCCGCGUUGCCCUGUUAUCUACCUGUACGUACCUACUUGAAAAGAUACGAUGGCCGAGAUCGGCCCACUAAAAAAUUGCUUUGUGACUCGUGAGAAUCAUGCCUUCCUGUAAAGAAUGCCGGCUGAAGCCGUGAGCUAAGGCUUUUCAUCGCCGGGACCGACUUACAAAGGGUACAAACAAUAACGGAGGAUAAGUGCUUCCACUCCCACUCCCACUCCCACUCCCACUUUCACCCCUCGCAUACGUUCCGUUGGCGGGUACUACCUGUUUAUGCCGGCAGCCUUCUUACGUCGGCUAAGCUUGUAGGACCAGCUGUCCGCUCCUUUCAACUUUGGACUUUGGCAAUUGGUCGCGCGUAACUGAGCGAAGGAAUCGCAUAAAUCGCAUAAUUCGCAACUUUCACUAUGUCGGCUUCUUUGCCUGGCAGUCGGGAGCUGCCCGAGUCGCAAUAUGACUUAAGCACGUAUUGGGGCCGUGUUAAACAGACGGCAACGAUUACAGAUCCAAGAACCCUCUUCGUUGGAAACCAUGGUCUUGAACAAGCCAAAAAGCUGUUGGUCGCAUAUAAGCAAGGCGAGAUCAAGGAUAUGACGCCGGAAUUAUGGAAGGCGAAGAAGAUCGUCGACUCUACACUGCAUCCUGAAACCGGAGAGCCAGUCCUCCUCCCCUUCCGAAUGUCCUGCUUCGUGUUCUCGAAUUUGAUCGUUACGGCUGGAAUGCUUACGCCGGGUUUAAAGAACACCGGGACUGUUCUCUGGCAAAUCACCAAUCAGUCUCUUAAUGUUGCCAUCAACCACGCGAACGCGAACAAAUCAAACCCGCUCUCUUACUCGAAAAUCGUCCAAUCGUACUUCCUUGCCGUCGGCGCAUCUUGUUCCGUGGCAGUAGGUCUGAAUUCGAUCAUCCCCCGUCUGAAGGGAUUUUCGCCGUCGACGAAGCUCAUUCUCGGGCGGCUCGUGCCCUUUGCAGCCGUAGCGUCCGCCGGUGCGCUAAACGUGUUCCUCAUGCGCGGCGAGGAGAUGCGCACGGGAAUUGACGUGUUCCCCGUGCUCUCGGAGGCGGACAAGGCGCGGCUGGCGAAGGAGGGCAAAGCUGAAAAUGACGUGCCGAGCCUGGGCAAGAGCAAGAAGGCCGCGACACUAGCGGUCAGCGAGACGGCGCUCAGCCGCGUCUUCAAUAGCAGCCCCAUCAUGGUCGUCCCGCCGCUGAUCCUUGUGCGCCUUCAGCGCACCGAGUGGCUCAAGAAGAACCCCCGCUACACGCUGCCCAUCAACCUCGGCUUGAUCCUCGGCAUGAGUUUCCUCGCGCUACCGUUUGCGUUGGCGGCGUUCCCGCAGCGCCAGAAGAUCAGCGCAGAUAGCUUAGAGGAGGAGUUUCACGGCCGUGGAGGAGAUGGGGGGAUGGUCGUGUUCAAUCGUGGUAUCUAGACGGAAUUCAUCAUUGUUCGGCGGCGUUAGGUAGCCACGUUAGGCGUUUCUGGAGCGAAACAAGUCGAGGGGGAUUGUGUUUGCUACUUAACAUGGUCUCGAUGAUUUAGUUUGAGGGGAGAAGAAGACGUCAAACAAGUAUCACAUAGUUUGAUGUCAUGGCACAGUUAGUACCUACCUAUAAGAGAUUAUACUUCGUCAUAGAUGAGACGCAAUGGUAGCUUUGUUAGCGUCACUAGACGCGGAGAUAAGAAGGACAUGAAAUAGAAUGAAAUAGAAACAGUUAUCAAACCCUCUUAUUAAAUAGCUCGUAGCAAUUGCCUCCUUCAGGAUGCGAGAAGGAAAUUGGUUUCCGGGUCUCAGCUUCGAUCGUCAAACCGUCUUGGCGUGCUUCUUGACGCGUGCCCGGGGUACAUGUGACGAGUUCGGCAAGACUUGUCCAUGGCC